AUGCCUGCGAAAAGUUUGAAGGAUCCUGAGGAGGAUAUAAAUUUAAUAGAGACUAGUAUAUCUGAAAUGGCGUUCUUUUUGUGCAAAAGAGUUAAGGAAAACUUUGGUGAUGAUGCGGACAAAUUUUCAGAAUUUUUGGCGCAACUGCACAUGUUUAGCCAACAGAGGGUUGAUUUGACCGAGUUUCUAAACUUGGUGGACGACUUCGUUCGAGCGGACGAACGUCUUAUGAACGAUCUUGAGAAUUUUUGGAGAAUUGCAGAAGGGCACAAAGCCAUUGGUCACGCAAGCGUAAACAUUUGA